AUGGCCGGCGCACAAAAGGACCGAGUUCAAAAGGAGCGUCGUGCUGCUGCCCCGUCUAGCAGCGGCUCCAGCACUUCGACAUCACGCACCUCCGGCGGUGCACCCUCCAAGUCUGCCCGUUCCGAGGUCUCUCGUGCAGGUACCUCACGUACCGACCGCACCUCGCGUUCCAAUGCCGGCGGCUACGAUGGCAAUACCGACCCAUCUGGUCCGCCCAUGCGUAACCCAUCUACGGCCAAGCCCAUUAUCGACCCCAAGAACUUCGACUUGAGCAUGGCUGGCUGGGCCACCGUGCGCUCGAACGACGUCUCAUCCUCCAUGCCUUCUCGCCAGGCCGCCUCGAAGAUGGGCCAAGCUAUCAAGAUCGGUCUCAACACCUACCAUGUCUCUCAGUUCCCUAACAUCAAGGUCUAUCAGUACGACGUCAUGAUCGGCAGCGGCGUUGAGAAGCGUGGGCUCAUCCGCAAGGUCUGGAACUCCAAGCAAGUCCAAGCCGCUGUCGGCGAUGCUUGCAUCUUCGAUGGCAACAAGCUCGCAUGGACCGCCAAGAAGAUCGACCGUGAGGUUCGUCUGACUAUUGACAUGAACGUCGAGAACGAGCGCAAGAAUCCGAAGAAGGAGGAUACCGUCCGUGUCUCAAUCCGCCUUACCAACGAGGUCGCCUUCCAGACCUUGAUGGCCCAUCUCCAGGGCAAGGCUGCCUUCGACAACUCCUGCUUGGAGACCAUCGCCUUCGCCGACCACCUUCUGCGCGAGUCACCAUCUCGAAAGUACACGGCCAUCAAGCGCUCCUUCUUUGCCAAGGGCCAGAAGCGCUUCGACCUUGGCGGCGGUGUUGAAGCUUUCAAGGGUGUCUUCGCCUCACUUCGCAUCGUCCACCCUGGCCGUCUCUCCGUCAACCUCGAUGUGGCGAACGGCACCUUCUGGACAUCUCAGCCACUCCACAAGGCUGCUGUUCUCGUCUGUGGCGCCCGUAACGAUGGUGAUCUGGUCACCACUUUGCAGCGUGGUGGUGAGCGUGGCCGCGCUGGCCAAGAGCUCAAGCGCCUUCGCAAGGUCCACGUUGUCGCCAAGCAUCGUGGCAAGGACACCAUCGACGACUACUGCAUCGAGCGUUUCAUCUUCGCGGACGCCAAGACACACAAGGUCCAGGUCACUGAUCCCUCAGGCAACGAAGUCGAGAUGACGUUGUACGAGUUCUUCGCCAAGAAGUACAACAUUCGUCUUCAGUUCCCAGGUCUACCACUUGUCAAGGCCACCAAGGGCAAGAACAUCGUGCUGCCUAUGGAGGUCCUUCAGAUCAAGGAGAAUCAGCGCUACAACUUCAAGAUGGACGAGCGCCAGACUUCGAACAUGAUCAAGUUUGCCGUCACCGCGCCACCAGAGCGCUACACUCACAUUGAGCACGGUCUCGAGAUGCUGGAUUGGGCCAAUGAUCCCAUCCUCGAGAAGUAUGGAAUGAAGAUCGAGAACAAGAAGACUGUUGUCGAUGCCCGCCUUCUCUCCGCGCCAACCGUCAAGUUCGGUGUCGGCGAUGCCAAGCCAGGCACUUCCGGUCGCUGGGAUCUCAAGGGCAAGAAGUUCUUGCAGCCAAACACGGCUCCUCUCAAGUCAUGGGCCGUUUGCGUCGUUCCUGGCCGUCGUGGUGGCAAGCCAGACAAGACCGCGGUCGAGAACUUUAUCAAGGCGUUCAUCAACAGCUACCAGGCUCACGGCGGUCGCGUCGAGAACAAGAACCCGGCCAUGUCACUUGCCUCCAGUGACGAUGUUGGCGCCUGGGUCACCGCAGCCUGGAACGCCGCCGGCAACCAGAGCAAUUCUCGCCCGCAGAUCCUGGUCUUCAUCCUUCCAGACAAGGACUCGCAGACCUACGGCCGCAUCAAGCGCUCCUGCGAAUGCCGUUACGGUGUCGUCUCUCAGUGCGUCCAGUAUGCCCAUGCGCAGAAGUGCCAGCCGCAGUACAUCAGCAACGUGCUGAUGAAGGUCAACGCCAAGCUCGGCGGCGCUACCUGCAAGGCUGUUGGUCAGAAGACCGCGAAUGGCCACUUUACCGUCCCCACCAUGGUCAUUGGCGCUGAUGUCUCGCACGCCGCCCCAGGUGCUCAGACUCCCUCCAUGGCUGCCAUGACCGUCUCCAUCGACAAGCUCGGCACUCGCUACGCUGCUCUUUGCCAAACCAACGGCUACCGCGUCGAGAUGAUCGCUACCGAGACCAUCAACAAGGAUCUCAAGCCUAUGGUCCAGCACUGGGUUCAGAAUGUCGGUGGUGGCAAAGUUCCUCAGGUGAUUGUCUACCUUCGUGACGGCGUUUCCGAGGGCCAGUACGCCCACGUCCUCAACCAGGAGGUCACUGACAUGAAGAACAUGCUAAUCGCUGCAGACCAGUCGGCGAAGAACACCAAGUUUAUCGUCCUGGUUGGCGGUAAGCGUCACCAUGUCCGCUUCUUCCCAGAGAAGGGUGACCGCAACGGCAACGCCCACCCAGGCACUCUCGUCGAGACCGGUGUGACCACGCCAUUCGAGAACGACUUCUACUUGCAGUCGCACGCCGCUAUCAAGGGUACCGCUCGUCCGGUCCACUACCACGUUCUCCUUAACGAGCCCAACAUGUCCAAUGACCAGCUCAUUACCAUGCUGUACGAGCAGUCGUACCAGUAUGCCCGUGCCAGCACCCCAAUCUCGCAGCACCCGGCUAUCUACUACGCCCACCUGGCUUCCAACCGUGCUGUCCCACAUGACCCCAAGUGGAGCGGCUCCAGCGACGGCGUCCCAUCUGGCACCACUCAGCAGGUCUCCGGCUCUCAGGGCCAGUCUGCCGGCAAGACCGGCUCAUCUUCUGGCGUCCCACAGGACUUCGAGAAGCUCAUGGCCAUGCCCAACCAGGGCAGCAUCAACACCUCGAUGUGGUACAUCUAA